AUGCUUGUUGUGUUUGCAGGCUUGCUUGCCUGCCUUUUUGUGACGACACAUGGCGCCACCCCAUCAGCUGGGCCCCGUGAGUUCUAUGACGCGGUCGAAUCGCUGACGAACCACCACUUACUUCGAGAUGCAGAAGCUUUGCAUCUUCAUGCUCAUCGGUUCCGGCUCCCUAGACCGCUUGAUGACAUCGUCUUCUGCGUUCCUCAGAAAAAUGGCAAUCGCUACUUCGCAUCCUUGAUGCACGUGCUACAUUUUGGAGGCCCCCCGCGAUCAGUUGCAGACAUGCUGAAGAGAAUGCCGGAGUAUGACUACUCCAUGCCCGGCCCGACGGAUCGUGUGUGGAUGCUAGCAAGGAAUCCGUACAGUCGCGUGCUGUCUUUAUAUCUCCACAAGGUUGCUGGACUUUGCAAAUUUGGCUCUCUAGGCUGCCAAGACAUCGGUGAACAGAUGAAGUUUGCUGGCAUCCUGGGUUACAAUGCUUCAGCACCUCCAAGUUUUGCAGCUUGGGUGGACCUUCUUGCCACGGUGAUGGUGCGCUUGCAGGAGCAUGGUAUCGACCCCUGUAUGGUGGACAAGCACUUUUGCUCACAGGCUUCAGGCUGUGCAUGGCGAGGGGCGAAGGAAGUCAUGGUUCUGAGAGUAGAAGAGCAGUGGAAGUGGUUUCAGCCGCUGGUUUCGUUGUUGAGCUCCGUCGGUCUGCAACGAGACAGCCUCGUGGGACACGGGUGGAAGCCAUUUACUGGUAUGCCUUGCUUCUAUGCGCCCGCUGGAAACUGUAGUGACAUGGCGAGAACCCGGACGCCUCCACUUGUGGACCACAUACAUGGAACGGGUGCGAGCGGGUCAAUUUGCGAGCAUUAUACGCCGAGGGCGAUGAUCUUGAUCCAGAGUGUUUACGCAGGCGACUUCAGCCUCUUGGGCGCGCGACCCAGUGCAGUAUCAGUCGAGAAGGCUCGAAUAGCAUGCGGUCCUAUGGCCUUUCCAGCUGCAGGUUAUGACGAUUCGCUGUCGUGCCGAUAG